CCCAAAUUGAAUCCAUCCUUUUCACCGUAGAUCAGCGGAGGUUUUUCCAUGUCAGCCAUGGCCGCGUGCUCCAGAUGGUUGCUACUCCUCAGUUUCACUUGGCAGGUGCUGGCUGCGCCCAGACGGUUGCUUGAAGAUGAAAUGGUUCUGAGCGCUCAGCAUAGUUUCUCCACCCAGUGGCGCAAGAAGUUCAACAAGGGCGAGGUGGACUAUUGUGGUGAGGCCUAUGCCAGCGACGCGACACUGCACGUGACCUUUGGGCCCUUGGCUGACCUUGUGAAGAAGAAGAUCUUCCUGCCAGAGCCUGCGAUCCUUCACGGACGAGAAUUGAUGAUCAAACCCUUCUGGAACGCCACACAGAAAGUCCUCGGUUUUCGGGACAUGCGCGCCUAUGAGGACGAGGGAGAGUAUGCAUCCACCGCCAUGGUGGUCAACGAUGAUACAGUCGUGGUCUCGGGCCCGUUUAGUUUCAAGUCCGAUCUCGGAGAGGUCAAGGGACAGAUGUUGUCCGAGAUGUGGGUUCGCAAAGAGAAGGAAUGGAAAUUACAGAGCGCCAUGAUGGUCUUUCAGGCUUUGGCCGCCCAAAGUGCGAAUGGUGCCGCUGGUGCCAAGGAGACAACUCCUGCACCCAGCACCAGCCUGCGGGCUGGCAGCACGUCUUUGUCCUCGGAAGAUGUGAACAACACCAUCGUCGCCGCGGACGUGGGUGCCAAAACCGCCGUCUCGGAAGGACAUGGCACCUUUUUGGCCGGGGUCACGAUUUUGGUGGUGGCUUCCGUGGCUGCAGUCAUGGUGCGCCGCGCCAAGAAUCGGCGCGCAGCCGCCAUCUCGGGCUUCGAGUCGAUGCUGGGCUGAGACGAGCGGAUCUCGGGUGUCGCGGUGCGGAUGCUGAGACGACCGUGGGCGAAUUCCAACUGCCAGAUAGACUCUCCAGGUAGAAAUGAACAAGGCCUUGUUGGUUGGGGUUGUACCCGGCCUG